ACAAAUUGGCAUAAACAGUUAUCCAGACUCUGCAUGAGUGAAGGGUGAGCCGAGAGUACAACACCGACCCGAAGGCACCUCUGCAGGGAGAGACUGGAGAUUGUCUUUCCUGUCGGAGACUCCAAAGCAAACAAAUAGAAAAAAAAGAAAAACUAUCCAAGAUGACUGUCACUUACUCCAGUAAAGUAGCAAAUGCGACUUUUUUUGGAUUUCAUAGGUUACUCCUCAAGUGGAGAGGCAGCAUCUACAAACUACUAUACAGGGAAUUUAUUGUUUUUGCUGUACUUUACACAGCAAUAAGUUUUAUGUACAGAUUGUUACUUACAGGAGCCCAAAAACGUUACUUUGAAAAAUUAUCAAUUUACUGUGACAGAUAUGCUGAACAAAUUCCAGUAACCUUUGUGCUUGGGUUUUAUGUUACUCUGGUGGUGAACCGAUGGUGGAACCAGUUUGUGAAUCUGCCCUGGCCAGACAGGCUGAUGUUUCUCAUCUCCAGCAGUGUUCAUGGAAGUGACGAGCAUGGACGCCUGCUCAGGAGGACACUGAUGCGCUAUGUCAACCUCACAUCCCUGCUCAUCUUCCGCUCGGUGAGCACGGCUGUGUACAAAAGGUUUCCGACGAUGGACCAUGUGGUUGAAGCAGGUUUUAUGACAGCAGACGAAAGAAAAUUAUUUGAACACCUCAGAUCUCCUCAUCUGAAAUACUGGGUUCCAUUCAUCUGGUUUGGAAAUCUUGCAGCUAAAGCCCGGAAGGAAGGCAGAAUCAGAGACAGUGUUGAUCUGCAAUCAUUGAUGACUGAGAUGAACCGAUUUCGCUCCUGGUGCAGCCUCUUAUUUGGUUAUGACUGGGUUGGGAUUCCGCUGGUUUACACCCAGGUUGUCACGCUAGCUGUCUACACCUUCUUCUUUGCGUGCCUGAUUGGACGCCAGUUUUUGGAUCCCACCAAAGGCUACUCAGGGCAUGACUUAGAUCUUUACAUUCCGAUCUUUACUCUCCUACAGUUCUUCUUCUAUGCAGGAUGGCUCAAGGUAGCUGAGCAACUUAUCAACCCUUUUGGAGAAGAUGAUGAUGAUUUUGAAACUAACUGGUGCAUUGACAGAAAUCUGCAGGUCUCCCUUUUAGCCGUGGAUGAAAUGCACAUGAGCUUACCCAAAAUGAAGAAGGACAUUUACUGGGACGAUUCUGCUGCUCGACCACCAUAUACACUGGCAGCUGCUGACUACUGCAUACCCUCAUUUCUGGGGUCAACAGUCGAAAUGGGACUUCCCGAGGGAAGCAUCACAGAUGUCUACAAGCAAAAACUUACGGCUGGUGGCCUUUCAUGAACUCCUCCAAGGUCUUUUCUUCUCCAAGAUGAUGUCUGCUGGACUUAACUUGGAUCAAAGAAAUCCUGAAAAGAUAGAGAAGGAUGAGUGAGCUCGUGGUGUCAGUCCCACCCUGUUUCAGUUCAUCUCUUUCAACAUCAACUCAGCAGUGUGUGGAGGACGGUAGGUGUCAGUCACGGAGAGACGAUGUCACAGCCUCCAGCUGCGCCAAGCUUCCCUUAGCUCUCCAUGCCAUGAUGACCUUAAAGACACCAGAGCCACCAGGACCAGUUUCAUUGUCCUUGUUCAGUGGUAGCUUGCAACACACCAGGCUUUUUGAUAGCUCACUGGUUCCCAAAGUUAUGAGCUUGUUCCAUCAAUCCUAGGAGGUUCUACAUUGGCAGUAGUUUUAACCAUGUGGCUAGAGCUGACCACAAACUUGGGCAAAUACUGACAUGCGUUAAAGAUGUGAGGUGGCAUCAACCAAGUAUUGAUAAGAAAGUUUACAGUGGGAGGGGGAAAAGUUGACCUGUAUUAAGCUUCUGUGUUCCAGGUAUUUACUGUCAUUUAAUCCCCACCAUGAUAUUAAUAUCAUCUCCAGUUGAUAAAUGUAGAAAGACUUUCAGAGAGGUUCAGCAAGCUCCCCAAGGCCAGAAAGACAGGAAAUGGUCGAACUAAAAUUCCAAACCUAACUGCCAACCCACACACAUCAGACGUCCCCAUGGCAGGCAAUGCUGGUUUCCUACCUAACCUCUCCUUUCUUCCUUGUUGACAGAAUCCUGGUUGCAUUGAGGCAGCAAUGUGCCCAGCUCCAGGUGGCCCCAGAGUUUAGUAGCAUCUACCAUCCUCUGAAGUCACCUCUAGCUACUGGACUGAUGCUUGAGCUGCAGCUCAGAAUCCGUUUCCUCAGAAACCAUCUUACACACAAUAGUCAGUAAGACUGCCAUCACUGCAUCACCAGCACACUUCUGUUCUACGGGUUAAGACAACCCUUAGAGAUUAACCUGGGAUAUCACCAUUUAUAGCAUAAUUUCUACUGGAAAACACAUUAAAAGAUGUAUACACCUGCUAUUCCCCUACCCCCCACUCCCCCAAAAAACAAAAAAAAGCUUCCAAGAGACUUCGUGAUUCCUUCAUAAGGUUUAAGUUAAUUCAAAUUUCACAGGUCGAAACCCAAAGCUGCUUUCCUAUUAUCAACCCUUUACUUAUCAGGAAGAUCUAGGAGUAUCAAAAAUGCCAAAGGACAUUUAUGAAAAUAUACUUAAAUAUGGGGUAUUUCUAGUCAAUCUUACCUCUCUUUAUUAAAUUGAAAGAAAAUCUUCCCUACAACUGAAAAAAAAAAAGGAUUCUAGUCAAGAAGAUGAAAUACUAGCUGUUGUACCCAUUUUCCAGUUACAGUGAUGCAUUUCCCUGCAAGAAAACUUCCGGCUUUAGGAUAACCCAGGGUAACCUUGGCACUACUGACAUUUUGGGCCAGAUAACUCUUUGCUGUGGGCGCUGUCCUGUGCAUUGGAGAAUGUUUAGCAGGGUCCUUGGCCUCUACCUGUCAGAUGCCAGGAGCACUCUCUCUCUCAGCUGUGACAACCAGAACUGUCUUCAGACAUCGCCAACUGUCUCCUGAAGGGCAAGCCCACCACUAGUUAAAAACCACUGGCAAAGGCUGAUAAACUAGAAGGACCUAUUUACUCAAAGGGCUGCACUAAACCUUAUAGAGCCAGGAAACAUGCCAAUGAAGUAAGAAGGACUGAGCCAUGUUCUGAUAGCAAAUCCUACUCCAUAAAGCAGGGGGCAGAUGAUCACUGAAAUGGCCUUCAGCUGUAAUCACGAGUAAGGCCCGUUAUCCAGGGCCGUCAAGAAAUGCAGCUUCAGAGAGCAUAUCCCUCAUUGCUUGUUCCUAGGGAUUGAGUCCCCUCGAGGUCCAUCUUCCUGGCUUUGGUUCCUUUCACUCACACGCAGGCUAUAAAAAGGCUGCCUUUCCUACUUCUGUUCAUUUCCCCCUGGCUCUCCACCCGUGAGUUGUGAAUCGAGUUGAUGGAACUCCUUUACGGUUCGUGUAUCACUUCACUGCUCACUUCAGAAGCCCUCUUUCUCAGAAUAAGUGUCUUAGCUCAACAAUGCUACUGAACAGAUUCCAGCAGUUCGACGUUGAGUGAGAAUCUAAUCAACUUCACAGAGUACUUUGGGAGACUUCUCUGGAAUCCAGCUGUGGGCAAGUCCACAGAGCAGGCACAUUUCACAGUGGUAGGCUGAACUCUCAGGGGAAAUCUCGUCUUCAUCCCAGCAUUGUGCUCUAGGAAAGCACAAAAUUGGAGUUUAUCCUACAGGUUGCCAAGCAAAUAUGUGUUCCUUUCCAGGUUUUUCCAACCCUGUGUAUAUCUUGUUAACUAUUCUCAAUAAAUUCUGAGUCUUUCUCAGAGCCACUCUCUUUUACCUCAGUGAUCAUCAAUGGUAGGGAAAAAAAAAUCUAUGGAUUCAUAAAUAUAUUAAGUCACUGGCUACCAGUAAUUUGAGUUUACAUUAUCAAACUGAGAGUAAUACAUUACUCAUUCUUUCAUUCAAAUGCUCCAGGAAGGCAGGGAAUUCUGUCCUUAUUUGUUGAGUAAAUUAAUGCCCACUUCGUUUGAGGUGCUGUCGUUAGUGCUGAGAAUUCAACAGUGAAUAGAAUUGGCAC